GAACGCAGCAAGCUGCAAAAUUGCGAGAGAAGCGGUGGUUGAAGGGGAUAGCAGAGCGGCGGUGGCGACGACGGCCAUCUUAGAGCUACCGUGGUAACCGACACUCAUCUUCUGGAUUUUAUUUUUCUUGUAAGACAGACAUUUCAGCUGACUGACGAGGGAAGAAGAAGGUUGUUUUUCACUUCACCGCCGUUGAACUAGAAGUCGGGAUGCGGUUCCGAGGGAAUAAACAAUUUGCAUCCGCUGUCGGACUGGUCCUCGGACUAUUAUGUGCGGUGGAGGCAGCUAAAGGUAACUAAGCUGGGAUUUAUGUUGUGCGUUGUCUGCCUGUGUGUGUGUCGGACAGGUUUAUUCUGUUGUUUGGAAAUAUAGGGGUUUGUGAUAAGCUGUGCGGAGCUUUCUGGUUGUUUUUAAACGUUGAAGGUUGAAACUGAGACGUUAGCAAGUGUGCGGUCAGGAAGGAUGCACGUUCAGUAACCUGUUCAGGGAUGGUCAGCUCGCGAGCCGCAGCGGAUGAUGUCGCGGAGUAUCCCGCCGACAGCAAGUGCAGCCCGCGAUAUAAUAUCCAGUUUAGCAAAAGAAACUGCUUGAAAUUGCACAAUACAUUACGAUUGAAAUUAAUAUAUUUAUCUGCGGCUUUAUAUCAAACCAUAAUAAUCCGAAGUAGGCUACUUUGAAGAUAAAAUCAAGGCCACGAAACGGCCCCCUUCUGUCAUCUGCAUUCAGUCUAUUUUUGGCCAGUGGUCUCAUCAGCCUCAUCUAAACAGUCAGAUUUGUUUUAUAUAAAUUGUUUCUCAGUUUCUGCGGUGUUUGUAAGACGGUUUGUAACUCGCCAGUGUCAGGUACUCCCUGUACCCCAGUAUACUUAUUUUUAAAGGGACCUUUCAGUACAUCUAAAUGAACAUGUUUACUCAUGAUUUAUUUUUGAUAUUUACCACUUCCCUGGAUUCAUUGUUAUUGGACCACACUAGGUUAUUCUUGUAUUAGUAGGCCUAAUGCUUGGUUUGGCAACGUUGUGGUCGCACCAGGAUGGAGCUUGGCUGGCUACGCAUUGCAGAUCCUCCUCAGCAGCCCUUGUUUGUCGGUGGAUUUAAAUAUUUAUGUGUUGUUAUCACAGGUUAAAGUGAAGAGUCCACGGGAGAUCUGGGCCCACUUAUGUUAAGAGUAAAAGUGCAACUGUUCUCUUCAUUUGCAAUGUCACUGAUGGUGGACACACACACACAUACACUCACACUCACUCUCACACACACACACACACUGUGCAGAGACAUGCCUUUAUUUGCUGCAGGGCGGUCCACCUCCCUUCUCACAGCAGCUCACUGCUCAGACAUGAACCUCCUCAUUGCAAGAAUUUAUGAACUGUAUUUUAACCUUUAACUUAAUCCACUGACUCCUCAGCUUCCUGUUUGAAGGGUGUGGAAAGGCAGGUGUAUAUCAGUUUCUCUACAUGUCUAGGCCAGUGUGUGUUGCUUACUUGGGAUUUUAUACCAAUUUUAUGAUCCAGGAAGAAAAUGAAGCCCAUCCAUGAAAGGGGUGAAGAAAGCCAUAAAAGUCUGAAAGGGGGGUCUAAAAGAGCCGUAUUUUUUCCUGUUUCUAAGCCAAGCAGCUGAGAAUUCACAGCAGUGGGAGGCUACCUAUUCUAGACAGUAACUUAAUUUCUUUUCAUCAAUCAAGAAGGAAAAUGCCUGCAGCAGUUGGUUCUGGCUCCUCUUUGAGAAACAGGCUUUUUAUGUUGUUGCCAAGCCUGUGCACCUGCUGGCCUUUCUGCCCUUAUCAGUAAAGGCAGCCUGUGAAAUCAUUAUCUUAGUAAGUGCUUAUCUUUCAAUAAUCGAAGGUCACUCACUUAUUUGUGAGCCACCUCCUGCAACCUUAGUCCAGUGUUGUGUUUUCAUGGCUCAUGGUUGAGUUGUUUUUUUUUUUAUUGCCUGCCACCUGCAGUGAACUAGGAAGCAUAUCAGACUAGGUUGUUGUUGUUGUUGUCCUUUAGUUUAGGUGUCUGCAAACGAUUAGAUGCUAUCACAGCAGAAACAGAAGAAGACAUAGAGCCUCAUUCUGGUGUAUAAAUGGAUGUUGUGUUCCUCAGUUGCUCACCUACACAAACAUUAAUCACCGAUGACAAAGCUACAACAAAUCUAAGGUGCUGAUUCCUAUUAAAAUCUUAUCUAAACUAUAUGAUUCAUUACACAUCCAGCAGGGAAAUGCGUAAAACUGGUGCAGACAUACAUCUUCUGAGGAGGCCAUUGAAGCUUAGGAGCUGUUAAAGCCCUGAGAUCUUUUUUUUUCCCCAUCUUUCUUUUUUUUAAAAUGUCCAGUCCAGAAGUUUCUUGCACAAUGUUGCUGCUAGCAUUCAGGGUCUUCUUUUCUUUUUCUGUCCCAAUGAGCAGCUGCUGGGUGUCCUCAUGUCCCAGAGUCAAACAUCAGGUCUGCUGAUAUGCAUGAGCGUCCCCCUGUGCACACAAAGCCAGACAAAACAGAAACUUGCUGCUGGGGACUUUCAUGGCUCAUUCAUCAUCCAAUUAAGAAAUGGAAGUUGAACAAAGGCUCGGCUUUGGGUGGUGCAAAGUUAAUAUACACAUUCCUCUCACCUGGUGGCAAACAAGCAUGGACCACUGGUUUGGGGCAAGUGUUCCCUUUUGUUCCUACUCAUCUUACAUUUAUUGGAGGAGCCCAUAAGUGAUUCCCUGAAAAACUGCAAGCCAGUUAUGGUCACAGCUCAGACAUUGCUCCACGGUUGGAACCAUGUAUAUGGUCAAUAUUUUCAGGUCAAUAAAAGUACAUGACUCAUGAUUGUCUGUGAUCUGGAUCCUCCAUGAUUACAGCCACAUGAAAGUAUGCUGUAGAGAUUAUCCACUCUGUUAUUUCAACAGAUCAUUUUAGGUAGAGACUUACAGCCAGUUUACAGCUUUCCUGUCUUUACACCAGGCUGCUGAUUUUUAAACAAUCAUUAAUAUAAACCUGAAAGAUUCAUUAUUGGUUGAAAUAGUAUUCCUUGUAGGUUAGUUGAUUAUAGGAGCCCUAAAAUCAAUUCUCAGUGACCCUGUGACCCAGGGGGAAAUAAAUAUGUUCUGAUUUGCUGUAAGGUGUUUACAGAUUUCCCUUUAAACCUGUUAGUUACCUACCGAUAAUCUGUGUGACGUUUUCAUCAUGGUGUGUUAUGGCAUGCAGAAACUAUGUGAAUUCACACAGCUGACAAUGGCUGCAUUGUUCACGUUUCCCAUGCAGCUUUGGUAACAGUCUUGUCAUAAUUCAGCAUCGGUUCGCUGAACUGAUUCCCCUCAGAAAGAACAUCAGUAGAUAUCAACAUGCUGACAGCUGAUGACAGAAGAUGUGAUGCCAGUGGAGCAGAGGGGAAUCAGUUUAGUUUAAAUGUUUCGCUUGUAACAUGGCAGAGCUGUUGUCAGAGUGCUACUUGCAGUGGUUUGAUUGAUAGGGUCCAUUUUUUGAUGUUUGGUGAUCCCAAGAUUUUACCCAAGAUUCAGAACCUUAAUAUCAUCUAUCAUUGAGCUUUGACGCAGCUAAGGAAGACUGGCGAAGAACAAACUUAAUCCUAAAAACAUGCCUUUUAAUUCUGAUUCAUCUAUGGCAGCCGUAAUGUGUUCAGAAAACUUAAAGACUAACAGCAAACUUCAUCAAAAUGUCUUUAUUCUGCAGUCAUUUCAGCCCAGUAUCAUAUAGGCCACGUACACAACUUAUUUGCACCAAAUUAUUGUGAAAUGUCAGACAUUGUGAAAACGCUAUGUGAGCUGCAAGUAAGAUGACUUUGAGAUAAUGAAAGGGGAAAUACUAGAAUAAAAGAAACUGAAGGAAGUUGUGUAAGUCUAAUACUUGAUCCAUUAUAAUGCAUGUGUUAUUGGAACUGUUGGCAGACAUUUUACUUUUGCUUAGUCCUGAAUAAGUGCUAAUUUGCAAUUCUUAGAGGCUCUAUUUUUUUAUUUUAAUGCUUACAUUUUGAGUAUUUAUCCUGAGCUUCUCAGAGGAACAAAAGGCUUUUAGGCCCUGACUUCAGGGUCGGGAUCUUGACUCGACACGUCACAAAGGGGUCUCUGUUUGGAGGACCGCGAGUCAAGCCCUUCAAGAAUGUGUACAUGAAGUAAUCCCCCUCAAAGUGCGAAGUUGUUGAAGCAUUUAGAUUUGAUAAUAUGCCAGUCAUUGCUGGGAAGAUGGGUCAUGAGAAUACUGGACUCAAUUUGGGUCUGUGGUGACUUUGCUCUCAUUGGUGCCUUCAGGGGCUGAAUGCAGUCAGUGAACUGUCAAAAAUGGGUCAUUCAGUUGUGAAUAUUAAACUGUGCCAGAUGACGGGGAAGUUUUGUGGGCCACUAAGAAAGCAGUUUACAAUCACAUUAGUCCUCUCAAGGUUUAGGCUAUACACCAAAAAAUGUAGAGCAAAUUAUUCAUAUCAACAAAUAAAUACUAACAUGGAAAAAGAGAAUCAUAAUGAUCUGAUAUAUAUAUAUCCUUAGUUGGUGGAAUAUUUUUAGUGAAAAUACAGAUAGUGAAGUCUGGAUUUUAGCUGUGUUUGACAGGAUCUAUAAAGAAUUUCAUUAAAACUAAGAACAAUCUUGCGAAGCCUCCCUUCACAUUCAUUAAAAUGUCCGUUUUAAAUGUAAAUGCCUCAAUUCUGAAAGUAAAAGCCAAUGGUGUUAUCAUUUUUAAGAGGCAGUGAUAAGCAAACAGGUCAAGAUAGAACUGAUACCUACAGCUUAUCAGUAUAUGAUACUCCCUCUUGGAGCUCUAUUGCCUCCAGGAGAAAACUUUGCACUGCAGAGCCAUUUAUGUUCGAGUUUGUCUACACUGAAAUUCUGUCUCCAUGGAAAACAGGUGAACGGUUACAUUACCUGCCACCACAGGUCUGCUACACCCAUGAAGGCCUGUGCAGAGUCCCAGCCGUCUCACUCUCACUUCUCCACUCUCACUGGCUCUUUGUGCAGUUCACACAGAGAGGUGAUUGAGUUGCAUUCAAGGCUCUGUGACUCCCAACCCCCUCUUCAGAGGAGCACCGUGCUCAUGAGGGCGUGUAUGCUCUGUAGGGUGUAGGGUGGGAGUAAGACGGUAGGGAGGAUAAACAAAUGUUGUUGCUUGGCAGGGCAACUAAGAGGCUCUCCUGUGUGAGCAUAAUGUUUGGGGAGUGGGGGCCCCUGAGGUCUGGGUUUCCUUUAAGGGUCUGCAUGGCUUACUAGAACAGUCCCUGGUCUGUGAUAAAGAUGGCCUGCGUGAACAAGCUCAGGAUGUUGUUAGGCAAGAUAAACAGAGAAGUGUGCCCGCUGUUUCAGAGCGUGAGCAGGUUGUUCGUUGACUAUUCCUGUUUGGCAGAAUUAGGAGAGCCUCUCACCAGCAGAAUUGAAAUCAGUGCUUCACCCAGAUUUGUAUGCAUCUCAUCCCAUUGCCUAUUUGGCUGUUUGUUUGAUGUUUCUGCCCUGCUAUCAAAUGAUGCUGUAAGAGGGUCUCCAUGGUCGUUGAAAGCACUUCUGUCUACCUGGAAGAGGGUUAUCACAGAAAUGAUUGCAGUCAGGCAUUGAUCCAAAUCUGCAUUAGUCAGUUGUUAAAAUAUUAAGCCUAUUGAUAUACAGUUAGUGGUGCAUUUUGAAGUAUGUUUGUUGACUUUGUGCCAACAGUUGAAACGGCUCACAUUUCUACCGUUUCUUUGGCAUAUCUCUUUGAUUACCUUAGAGUCCGACGAUCACCUGAGUACAGACAUUCCUGUCUUUAGUGUGGUGCUGCAGCUAAUGGGACAAGAGGAAGAAUAACAACCUGGCAACAGAGAGGCUUUAUUUAGUCACACACGACAAUAAGACAGCCUAGUGUACACCCUGCUUUGGGACCUCACUGAAAGUACUGUUUGCCUGUGAGUGGCAGGUUUUGCUACAGAUUUUGAUUUAUUUAUGAAUCUGUAUAAUCAGACAUUUGCACCAGAGCAUGGACUAGUUAUUCAGGAUUUUUAAUCAAUUUAAAACACAUCCACUUGCUGCGUUCAUGUUUUGUGCAGUCAGUGUGAUAUUUUUAGUGCAAUGUACACUGAACUUUAAUGUAAUCUUCAAUCUCAAAGGACAGAAAAGGGUUACAGUGGGUUCAAAUGGCUGUCUGUAGAUUCUUAGAGAGGAGCUUCACAUUAGCGCACAAUCAAAUAAGAUGAAUACUUGCAUGCUGUUGGAUUCAGAAGUGAAACGUGAGCUAAAUCAGUAAAUUAAACUCAAACAUGUCACAGCCUGACACUUGGCCGCAGCAUCAUUGUUACACAACAUGCCCUCAGAGGUUCCCAGGCUUCAUGUGAUAAUUAAAUACUGAUCAUCUGCUGCAGUUAUUCUGCCGCAGUCUGCACACAGCUGUGUUGUGUUUCAGUGCCUCUCACAUUGUGACCGGUGGCAUGAAAAACCGCCUGGUGUUAUCAUAUUUGCUCAGUCUGUGGCACGUCUGAGGGUUGUGCAAGGGCUAAACGUGCAAAUCUCCUCACAAGUGUUUUGAGGACAGAAUGAUUUUAUUGCCCCUCCGUCAAGAAGUGAUAACACAGCGGGGUACGGAGGGAGAGAGAGUCUGUGUGUUUGGGUAUCCUAUUGGAUCCCAGGAUUAGCGGGACCUUUUGUGGUCCUAAAAUUCUCGCGGAAGUGUUUCAUCACGGUUAAUAGGUCAAACUGUAAAGGUUUAGCUUCAAUAAAAGAGCCUGGCAACAUAAAGGGGCUUUGUCUUUGUGUCCUCGUGAAUGGACCGUAUGUUACCCUGCGCUUUCAAGUAGGAGACAAAAAAAGAGUUCGGCAAAGGCAUCACAAUGUACAAUAUUUGUCUCCCUAAAAUGUGUUUAUCUUAAAGGUUUGCUCUGUUUUUGGAUUAUUUUUUUGCUUGCUUCAAUUCAGUAGAUAAUCAAUUAAUGAACAGUGUUUCUGUUAUUGCCGUGGUGGUAAAGUGUUUGCAAAACGAGAACCGAAGUUCCCAUGCUAAACAUGCUGGGCAACAAAUGCUUAUACCAAAGAGGACUUAAAAGCCUCCUUAUCAUCAGCUCAUAUUGUCCACUACCUUAAAGUGGCUGAUUGAUUGAAUGGAGGAUAAGAUAAGAUAUUCCUUUAAUAGCCCCACAGGGCGAAAUUUCAAUUCACAGCAGCAUAAAUACAGAUACAAAAAGAGAAAUUCAAGGAUAAAGAGACUUAAAGUUAGAAAAAAGAUAUGUACAGAUCACUGCAAAUGAGACCAGGACAAAAAUAAAAAUAAAAGCAUAUACAUGAAGUCGCUCAUCUUAUUUGUGUAUCAAAGUACACUGUGGGACACUAACAAAAAUCAGUUUGUCGUUCUCAAAAGAUCAGGAAUUCUCAUUCUUUUAAGCAGAUAGCAUUUUUUAUUGGUACACGCGGGCAUAAGAGUAAGCGCACUUCUUUAUGAAUCUGCACAGAAAUAAAUCCCUUAAGUAAGGCUUAAUAUUAAUAAUCAAAAUCCAUUAGUUGAUUCUCAUUCAAAUUUAUGAACCCUUAAAAGCUCAUAAACAUUCUUUUAUCUUUUGUACAUCACAUUCAGAUGAUCCAUUUAUUUUUCAAGUUCUGUCAGUCGUACAACUCCCAACUUCUCCUGACCUUCUUGAUACAUUUUACAGAGAUCUAAUAUCAGGGCAUGAGAGAAAUUUAGUGAGGCCAGACUGGAAAAAUGAUGUGACCCUGUGGGAUAACUUGCACCAAGCUAGUGCUGUGGAGAGAAUGGUUUGCUGUUGAGUCGAACGAUGCACUAUAGUCACAUCGCAGGACAGUCAUAUUGACAGACAUAUGUUAUCCUGUUACUACGAAACACUAAAUCACUAAUGCAGCUCACUUGUUCACUUGAAGACAUCAAGAACUGAUUUCUGUGAGUCUGUGACUGUGUUACAUGACUUGAUAAUGUAAACAUUCGUGACCGCCGCUACAUUUUAAAUUAAUUUGCUUCCACCUUUAGAAAAUGAAAAACAAGAAGACCACCGGGCAAGGAUGCUGCAGUUAACAUUUGAUGAAAUGAGACAGGUUUUCUAGAAAAGUAUUUUUCUGCUUAUUCUGGUUCUCACUGAUGUUGAGGGCACAUGUAAAACUGCUCAACUAACAGGACCACAGAGUUGUUACUUUUAGCGUCCACAUGUGCAGUGCAUGUACAUGUUAAUGAAGUGCAAACCACAUCUAGAAGAACACAGUUUUCAUUUAAUUAUAUUAUUAUCAUGAGGGCUUAUGAGGCAAAUUAAAAACAACCUUAAAGAUUGAUUGAGAUUCUUCUUUGGUUUUUACUCAUGAGUUUUAGUAAAAGUUUGUUGUUAAGUACCCAGAGAACCUGUUCAAGGACCCUUGGGUACCCUUAGAGUGGGCUCAAAUAGAUGGUAACUGAUUAGAAUACCACUUUCACCAAAAUGCCACUGAUCAACAAACUGUUCUGCCAAAAUGAUGUAGUACCACAAGUGUAUCAAUAAUGUCUUACAACCCUUUGUAAAUGUAACUCCUGAUUGAUAACCAGGUAUACCUGCCAUUAAAGCAAUAAAUGUAUUUGCAUACACUUAAGUGGUUUACUGAUACCAUUUUUCGGCCGCUGAUGCCAAUAAUGAUAGAGUAGGUCAUCUAAUCACAGAGAUAUCAUGGAUAUCAUGUGGGUGUUUUUUUUUUUUUGCAAAGUUUAUUGAUACCAACAAAUGAAAACUAAAACUGUUAGUUACAUAAAUAUAAAGUCAAAUAAAAAGUAGAGUGAAAAAGAAAUUGGCUCAGUAAAUUAUUGACAUAUUUUUGGAUCCUUCUGUAAUUAUAAAAAUAGAAAAAUAUGAGAUACAUUUUUGGGUAAAAACAAAAAGCCAUCAUUUUGUGCAUAUAACAAUCUAGCAUUCAGUUGACUUGGCUAGUGGCAUGUUUGUUUUUUCAUGAAUCAAAAAAGACAAAGACAAAAAAGACAAAUACAUACGGUUAUUUUCCAGAACCUGUCUGAUAUCUUUGUGGGAGGCAUAUCAAACUGCAAUAUCCUUACACAUUAUAACAGAAUUUUUAUUUGACUCUAGCAAGUCCCUGUUUAAGAUUUGAUAUGCAGUCAUUUCAAAUUGUGUUUUCAACAGGAUUAUUCUUCAAACUAUAAAUCAAACUGUACAGAGAAGAAAAGCACCACCAACUUGGACCUGGAUAGUUAGUAUUAGAGCAUCAAGAGUCUCACCAGGGUUCAAAGAAGUACACAGGUAGCAGACACAUAGAGCUUAUUAGUGGAUGGACUGGCACAGCUCACCCUGGCAUACACAGUUACACCAAAUAUCUUACCCUAGUCCACCUGUGUCAAAAGCCAGCUCAUGUCAACCCCUUUGUCUCAGUCUCUGUCUUUCUUCCUUUGAAAGGUUCUUAUUCACUUAAGCACUUGUUCUGUUCAUAAUCUUGAAACAUUAAAUUAAUCUCCUAGUAUUAGCCGGACCUUUUUACUCUGUUCACUACAUCAUGCUCAUCCUUAGACAUCUAUAAUACAGACUUGGCAGUGAUUUGUUUUUGGCAGCCUUGCCUAUUUUGUUUGAUACUUUCUUGUUACUUGACCUUGUCAGUGAAUGAAAUAGACGCAUCCUGUUACAGGAUUAAAUGCCAUUGGCUUUAUUUGCUUUGCAACAGGAUUGCAUACCAGGUACUGUGUACCAUCUGUGCUGCAUGUAUAAUAAAGAGCUGAUAUACUGUAUGUGUUUGUUCCCAACUCCUGACACAUUGUUAUUGUCAGGCCUGUGUUACCCUUUGUGGGGCUUAAUUUGUUUGCUAGUGAACACAAUAAACUCUGUAUAUUUGAUGGUUGACUUUUGAAAUCGAUUCUAUAUAAAUGUCAUUACUCGGACAGAAAUGUAAUGAUAUUGAGAGUCAGAAUUGCAUAACACUGCCUGGUUGAUAUCCUGUAUUUAGUAACAGGCAAGAUAUCAGCCCAUUGCAUCUGUGUUAGGGCUGAAACGAUUAUAAAGUCAAACAAAAAGUAGAGUGAAAAAGAAAUUGGCUCAGUAAAUUAUUGCCAUAUUUUUGGAGCCUUCUGUAAUUAUAAAAAUAGAAAAAUAUGAGAUGCAUUUUUGGGUAAAAACAAAAAGCCAUCAUUUUGUGCAUAUAAUAAUUUAGCAUUCAGUUGACUUGGCUAGUGGCGUGUUUGUUUUUUCAUGAAUCAAAAAAGACAAAGACAAAAAAGACAAAAACAUACGGUUAUUUUCCAGAACCUGUCUGAUAUCUUUGUGGGAGGCAUAUCAAACUGCAAUAUCCUUACACAUUAUAACAGAAUUUGUAUUUGACUCUAGCAAGUCCCUGUUUAAGAUUUGAUAUGCAGUCAUUUCAAAUUUAAAUAGUCCUACCACAAGCUACAUAGAACGACUGCAUACCGGACAAAUUAUAUAAAUUCAUUCAAUAAUAAUAUUUUUUCUAGCGAGAAAGUAAGUGUUUACAUCACGAUUAUGAGCCCAGUUGUUUGAAAUAGUGGCUGUUUGUAAAUUUGUCUCGGCGUUUUCGGAGACCGAAGCGUCCACUUGGUCGGUGUUUGCGUCUAUUUACCGUAAACACCGGGCAGCAGCAGCUCCCCCUUCACGUUUCCAAAUUAUUGCGAAGUGUUUUCAUAAUCAACAUCUACACGACACAAACCGGGCGGCAGUGGAUGAAAAAAAUCACACAAACAUCCGUGUAUCCAUGGUGAUAAUGCUAUACACCACCUGCUAGGCGUGUGAUGAGCAGCAGAGGGCUGCAAAAUGACCAACACACAACAACAUGUAAAUAAAAAUGUAACACUUUUAUAUAUUGAAUAAAUGUACAUUUGCUUGUCAAAUUAUGUUAGUAUCCAAGAAUUAUAUUAUUUCAGCCUAUUAAUUAAACAAGUAAAAUUAGAUCCAAAGCCUGGAAAUAGUUGUGACUGGUUUAGUGAAAACUGCAAAGAUCAUUACCAUAGCAAUUAAAAGACCAUCUGCAGACCUUGCCUUCAGUAGUUUCAUGUGAACUACAUGGUAAAUUGUAAAACUUUUGGUUCCUGAUUUAUGCAGUAAAAAUAUUCAUUUGAAAGACCUGGCCUAUUUCAGUUUUGUGUGUUACUGAUGGUUUUUAAUGAGGCAAACGUGAUUCUAUAUAAAUGUCAUUACUCGGACAGAAAUGUAAUGAUAUUGAGAGUCAGAAUUGCAUAACACUGCCUGGUUGAUAUCCUGUAUUUAGUAACAGGCAAGAUAUCAGCCCAUUGCAUCUGUGUUAUUAAUAUCAGCCCUCUAAUUUCAUGAUGGUGAGACACUGCAGUCCAUUUUACUCCUUAAACCCUAAACAUAACUGUGUAGGUUAUAGGUACAGUGAGCUGCCAUUUUUCUUCACUUUUUUUUUACUAUUUUUGCAGAAUGGUAAUGACACUAUGUUAAUAUAUGGUAGUUUUAAGUGUUGCUUUUUUGCCACCAUAAAUAUCCAUACUUUUAAAUCUUAUUUUUAUGACUGGUGUAAGUGAUACAAACCUAGACUUUAGUGAAGAUGGCAUCAGAAAUUGCUGCAUCUGUAGUUUCUUGUGUACAUCACAAAGUACUUUGACUGAAAGAUCUUUGCAUUCAGGAUGUUUGCUUGACUUCUUAAGAUAUUUCAAAGGCUCACACUUGUCUGCCGCACAUGAUGGUUAUUAGUCAGAAUUUUGCAACUUUUCUAUUGCUGAAUGCAAACAGAAAAACUGGUCCUCUAACAUUUUUUCUGGUAUUUCAAAAGAGAUGAAAUGGUUUCUUAAUAUGUUAAAUAAAUGAGAAAAAUGGCAGUUUUCCAUGUUGAACAUUCUCAGUUCUUCUUCAGUGAGCCUGUCUCAGACUGCCUCAAAUAUUUGAAAGCCUCUUUAUCCUGAAUCCUGAAUCCUGAAUCCUUUCCUCCUCAAAUCAAACCAUUCAAACAGAUCUGUAUUUGACUGUCUCUAUGUUUACAUUGAAAAUAGUGCAUUUUCUAUAAAAACCAGUUAGCUAGAAUUAUUGUGUCUGUAGGAAUCAUGUCUUGUUGAUUCAAACAUUCUCUGCCAAGCAAGUCACACCAAAACUAAUGUUCCUCCUAUUCACUGCAGGGGGAUGAUGAACGCAUCUUGUCAAAGGAGUCUUGUUGGCAAUUUCACACCAUGUAUGUGUGAAUGUUGCACUUAGAAUAAACCUGUACUUCAGAUUCCACUUCACAGAAGGUGUAUUUGUGAGUGAAAAGUGGAUUUAAUGGUGAUGCACAAUGGUGGUGUAGAUUAGUUUUGAAUUGGUCUCUGGCCUUCAAAGAACGACCUCCUUUGUAUAUAUACCUACACUUACCUGUGCUGUGUUUCCCAUUUCCUCCUUACAACCUGUUGGCUCCAUUUAUGUCUUAUUUCAGCUGAUCACAUCAGAACAGUGUUGGGAGUUAGAAAUUGAGCGAAUCCACUGUCUUAUGAAAUUCUUAUUAGAUUCUUUGUGAGACUUUUUCUGGUCAGACAGGUUGGAAACAUGCAAUACAAUAAAUAAAAAAUAAAAAAAAAUUCAAAGUUUUCAUCUGUUUUUAUUUUUUUGGGGUCACAAUUGGGCUAAAUGUUUUGCAUAACUCUAAGAGAUUUGAACCAUUCAGUUCAGCUCUGUGCUGAGAGCCAUAAGCCACUCAGAAAAAUGUGAGGCCGGCAGCAUGUGACCUGGCUAACAGUAAGUGUGUAUCUGUAGAAGCUAAAGCAGAUUAAUGUAGUAGUCUGGCAAGGCAAUCCGUCUAAAGACAUCCAACUCAUUUUAAGUCACGAGACUCUCAGCUAAGACGAUUUAUUGGAUUCCAAAUUAGUGGCACCCUAAACCAUCCAUUCUAGUCAGAUACUGCCUGUUAAGAUUUGACCAGGGAUGUCAAGUUCUUCUGCAAUUCUACUUGAGUCGGUGUUGCAAAAACCUUUUAGUUAUUUUGUUUUUGUCUCUAGUUGUACUCGAGCUGCUCACAGUUUGACAUUUUUUACUUGUUUCAUCGCUGUAGUAUCAUCAACAAAAAAACCCUGUCUUUGACUGAUGUGGUCCACCUCACUGCUUUUCUGCCUUCUCAUUUCUGUCAGAUCUUUAAUAAAGGUAAACUUACGCCCUGACAUACUUGUGUGUAAACACUGCAGUGAGAGAAGAUCUGUUUCCUGAUGAAACAUACUUUUACUUUGAAUAGGCUGUUGUUUUUUUCAGCUAACUUAACUUAAUGCCAUUAUCUAAGCAUAGCCAGCUCAUUAUUUUCAGGUAGAUAAGAUAAUAUAAUCAGCGUCUACAUCAACUUAUUUGAAAAGAAUGUUACUCUUUACUUGUUGUGUAAUUCUAAUUCAUGUUUGGUGCAGCACAUCAUAGCAAUCCUGUGCAAGGAGCUUGUAAUUAAUUUUCAUCGAUCUCGUAAUGACUGAGAAUUACGCUUAAUUAUGCAAAGACACAAAACCGCUUAAAUUGGAUUUGGGAGAUUGACACCAAAGUCCUAUCAAAAUGUUGACAUCAUGUCUUCAUGCCUUUUGUUGUUUCAUCUGGCUUCUGUUUGAGGCUGUGGCAGAGAUUGUGUCGUUGAGCAUAAGGCCUCUGCAGUUUGUCUGGUAAUAAAUCUGUUAUGUUGGCACUUUCUGCUGCACUGCACAGCUGCAGAUUUACAUUUUACAUGUUUCAUAUCUGAAAAAGAUCUUGAACUGAAGAGUCACGUUGAAAAGAAAUAUUUAAUUUAGAGUGCAUCUAUAAGUUCAUUACAGAUCCUCUCUGCAGUGAACUCUUGAUACCUGAUGAAAAAUGAUGAAUAAAAGAUAUAGCUAUAUUAAAGUUUGUUUUCAGACAUUAAAAAAUAUCAAAUGACAAUUUAUUCCUCUUUGAAAGAAGCAAAGAGGAAGCAAAAAUAUAAAAACAGUACUUAAAUUUACCAACCUUAACAAACAAUUGACGGAGAGCAGCAUACUGCACCAGGGACAGAAUAAUACAGCUGCUGUCUAUUCAAAUAUUGUUGCUUUUUUAAAAUGAUAUGUUGAGUUCACAAUGUGUAAUUGUACAUAAGUAAAUGAAUGAGUGCUGGAGGGUCAGUUUUGUAUAAUGGAGCUCUUGAUAUCAAGCGUUUCCAUUUACAUACCCUCUCAGUAGUUUCUGGAUUUAACAUCAGUGACCAAGAGCUUCACUCCUUUAACAUAGCAGAAGCAAAUAUGUGUCAUUUAGGUAGGCUGAAAUGUGUAUUAUAAUACAAACAUAGAUGAUGUGUACACUGUUUCGAAGAUAUUGUUCCUAUUGAGGUAUCCAAACAAAUGGACCAGAAGCUCUAAUUAAAUAUCCCUGAAUUAGAGAUGCUUUAUAGAUAACUAAAUAGAUUAUUGUUAAACCCCAGAUGGUUUGUUAUGUAACAGGAACAGUUUUCUAAACAUGCCCAUUGUACUGGGAUCAGUGAUUUCCUUGCUUUGAUGGGUCAUGCUACCACAGCAGUUCUUUGUUAGCAGGGCUCAGCUUGAAUGCAUGACCCAAGUCCAUUGAAUUUAUCUGACAGUUUACAUUGAAAAUAACCAUGUGAAUAAGGACAGGGGGGUUAAAUGAGGGCAGAGAGGCAGCAUGUCUUUACAACCAAGAAUUUCAAGAAACAAGUCGAUUGAAAAUAUAAAGAAAAUAAUUCAUAAUUUUGAAUAUUUUCUCAAUAAAUGUACCAAAGAGUAGAGAGUGCAGCUGCUUGUAAAUAGGCCCUUGCAAAGAGAAUUAUAUAAUGUUGCAGUCUGCAGCCCGAUUAACUUCACGUGCCGUCGUGCCUGGAUACAGUAGGAUGUACAUCUAUGUUAUGGACCCACUGUUUUGUUCCCGUCUUGCUGUUCAGAAUUGUGUCUGUUCCAGUUACUCUCCCUGUGUUUCGGUCCCCCCACGACUUGCUGUCUGCCGGAGUUAGCAUCACCUUUACAGAUCAGCAACACACAAUGUCAUCCCUCCCUCUACUCAGGAGUUGGCACAUAUUGGCUGUAAGAGAGCUGCAUCUCCCCUGCGUCACGCCGUUUCCUAAGCCAGCCCAAAUAUGUCACUCACUGCAGCGUUUUCUGCAGCCGCCAGCUACAGCAGGGCCCUGUCUGCAGCUGGGAUGCUACCCAGAGUGACUAGCGCACAGCUUUGUAUUAUGUGCUCAACUACUGCUCCUCAAACCACAGCCAGAGUCUUUAUCAUCCCUGUGACAAGAGUAUCACAGGCUGUGAUACUCUUGUCAAAUCUUGUUUAUGCAUAUGGAUUGUGGAUGUGCCUAACUCUCGGAUCACUCCUGGUGUAGAGAGAGCUAUUUUGAAACCACUGUGGAGAAUUUGUCCCUAAUUUGGAUAAAUUAAACAAAAAGUUAUAUAACAAAAUAUACCCUUUUUAAUUUGGAGUGGAGAAUGAUUUGCAAAUGAUGUUUCAACCAAAUGUAACAUCAGCUGAGUAAGUGCACAGUCUUGGCUCAUAAACGCCUGCUUGUGUGUUGUAGGUGCAGCCUUCAUUAUUUGCAGUGUUUCUAAAAAUAGUAACAAAAGAGCCUCGUAAAAAAUUUGAUUUGGCUGUAGUGGGAGGGAACAAAAGUCAAACUAGCAAGUGGAGUAAACACAGAUGAUAUCAGAUUAUUGAAAGGGGUAAAGGACGGCUUGUAUUUCUAAUGAGUGCUUCACCUGAGGACUGAAACUAUUGUAUAGACUGUACCUUUGUGGACACUGACAUUUCUCCUCUGUCCCCUUCUCUCUCUCUCUCUCUCUCUCUCUCUCUCUCUCUUUCUCUUUUAUAGUCAAUAAGCACAAACCAUGGAUUGAGACGACAUACCAUGGGAUCGUAACGGAAAACGAUGACAAAGUACUCCUGGACCCCCCUCUAAUUGCGCUGGACAAGGAUGCUCCUCUACGCUAUGCAGGUGAGAGAGGAGGUUUAAUGCUGCUGUUUCUUCUCCCUUCCCCCCUAGCCCUACUUCCUGGGAAUUUUUUACCUUCAGUCCUCAAAAAUAAGAAAACAUACUGGUUACUCUGUACAAUCAAAGCCUUGAGACUGUGGAAGCUCUUCAUCUUUGGCCAACCUAAAUUUAACACACAUUUCAGAGGCAUGGAUGAGAGUUGUAAGACAAGUAAACGGUUAGCUAAUGAAGUAUAAAAUUAAUAGAUUCUACUUGUAAAUCAGACUGAGGAAAGCUUUCUUCAACACAGAAGUGCCAGCUCAAACCUGCUGUCAGUGUGAUACGUUGUAAUGAUCAUGUCAUAUUUACUGUAGAUUAUAAAGGCCUUUUGUCUGCUCUGGGUGUUCUAAUUACCAGUAACUGCCACUGUCUUUCUGAUAAAGGUUAUAUUUGUGGUUAAACGUGCCCUUAAAUAAAGAAACUGUUUCCUCACUUAGCACUGAAGUAGGGUUUCACUCAGACAAUUAUAAGUUUAACUUUAAUGAACUGUUUGGCAGGAGUGGUUUGCUGUCAUUCUGCUCAUUACAGUUUUAUGACAUGCUUGUCAUACUGACAUACAUCUGGCUACCAUGUCCUCAUUUUUGGCCCUUUUGAUAUUCAGAUCAAAAUGCUCUUUCAUGUUUUCUUUUUUUCCUUCCUACCAGUAGAACGGCACCAUUAGUGUGCUUUACGUACCACGGCAGCAUUAGCUUAGGGGUUUUAAUCACAUCAAGAUUGACUUUGGCCAGGAUUCAGAGCCCCGCAGCACUGGAAAUGAUUUCCCACCAUUUCACAUCACAUGAGUUUUGUGAUCUCUUUUCUGCCUCUCUCUUCACAGUCAGUGCUCUCAUUCCACUUGAUGCAGCCAUUUGUAUCUCAGAUGAAUUCUCCUGAUUUAGCAUGUAGGGCUCUAACACCCUUAUGUCUGUCAGAGGAUAUACAAAAUGUAACAUGCUCUAGUGUCACAUGGAAGUUGAUCCUAUUUAAGAGCCGAUCAGCCGGGCAGUGCACAGUGUGUGGAAAAAUACAGCGAAGGGCCCAUCAUUCUAAAAGGCAGGAAAUUGAAUAAUAAACCCAUUCUCUGCAUGAUGUUUACCUCCUUUCACAAUGAAUACAGAGCUUGGGGCUCCCUUUUUGAUGAGCAGGGCUUUUGGGGAUGGGCCGUGUGCCCCUCUGAACUAGCAGUCUGUGGAGACAGAGCAGGCAGGCUGGCUUCACGUGGCAGCAGGGGUGAGCGGCUCUGUCGUGUCAGUGUGCUUGUAGCUGGUCCAUCUGUGCCAACAAACAAAGCUCAGUGUAAAGCUGACCCACAGGCCAACGAAGGGCCAAUCACAGGCUGUGGUGGGGUGAAGAUUUAACAUGAAUGAGAAAAUCAGUGUAGGAGUUUCUGUGUUUAUAAUGGACUUACGUACCGGCUUUCAUCUCUAAAUGUCUGUGGGAGAGGUCAGGUCAAAGCAUCGUAACAAAGCUGUAACUAAAGCAGGGUGCAUUUACCUACCAGACCUGGCUUUUAUGAUUCAUGUAGCGCUGAGACAUGAUUACAGAAAAAAAAACUGUGCUUUUACAAUUUCUGCAAAUGGGUUAAAACACUGUAACCCGCUGACUCACUCAUCAGUCUGAGAUUAUAACUCACUGUAUUUACGUUUUACCAGUACUUAAAUGACUAGAGGUCAAAACUGCAAAAUCAAUACUUAACACUCAUUGUGACGGCUGACUCAGCCCAGGCUGAGAGGCCUAUGUGACGAGUGAAAAGCAGAGGAAUUCCUAGUGUCCUAGUGUGAGCUGGUCAUUAGAGCUGUGCUGAACACAGAGGCCCAUAGCUCCAACUGCAUGACUGGCCCUGAGCAGCACUCCCUAAUGUGAAAUCCAUUUCUAAUUGUUUAGUAGGUGGAAAGGGAAUGGGCACUCCAGGAUAGGCCCUAACAGGGCUUUAAAACAAACAGCCAAGCAGAGAGUGACUUCAUGAUUUAAAUUGAAGCUUUGAAUGAUUUAAAGCCUCUAAUCUGUAAGCUUGUAAUUUCAAUCCACUGACCCUGUUUUUAGUUGUAGGAUUAAUCGUUGGACUUUCUUUGGGCUGUUGUUUAAGAAGUAAAAUAAACUUGUUUGAAAGACAGGCUCUCUUUAUCGCCAAACACUCAGUCCUUAAAACAUGAUGUUUCUGUUGAUUAUGGUUUUAUUCUCUGUCACUUUUUCACGAGUUGUUUCUUCUAAAAGGAUUUGAUAAACAACAGAGACUUUGACACAGCCUGCUGUUCAUGAAUGCUUUAACCUUGUCUUUCUUUCAACCGGCAGAGGACUUUUUGGUCACCUGAAAGUUAAAAUGGGUUUUUCUGAUGAAUUUACGAGCUUGUAGUAAGACUAUGCUUUCUCUCUUUCCUAUCUGUUUUCUUUCUCUGAGAUUCUAACUUUUCUUUACACUGAUCUGGGUCUAUCUUUUCUCCCCUCCUUGUAGAGAGUUUUGAGGUGACCCUCACUGAAGAAGGUGAUCUUGGGCUCUUUCUUCUGCCUUGUGCUUAGUUAUUAUUAACCCACUAACGCAAAAGAACAGCAUCCACACUUUUACACAGAAACUCCUGCCAUGCUCUGUAAUCUCCCCAUUUGGUUUUUCUUAAAUUUUCUGUUUUUCUCACCCUGAACUUUUUGGAGUUCCAACAGCUGGAUGAAAAGUGUGAUGUGGGGCUGACUGUACUUAGAAAUAUCUGUGCAUGAGACAUCCAUUGCAGUUUGCAGACCCUAACAGUUUUUCAGCUGUCACCAGGAAACAGAAAGCUGCUUUAAAACAGGAGUUUUCAGUCACUUUGCUGCCCAGCCAUCCAAUCCAGUCCUUUCACUUAAGAAAGGAUAAGCCCUUUGUUGGACUCACAUUCAAUAAUCAAGUGCAGUCAAAAAGGAGAUACCUGAUAAUUCGACAUCUGCUUCCACAUUCAUGGAAAUUGGAGAUGAAAUUAACACUAGAGUUGAUUAGUAAAGUUGAUUAAAAUUGACUCGUCUUGAAGAAAUCACCCCCCUGUCAAUCUUUAGAUCUGAGCAGCCACCAUGACUCCUGAAACCUUCUACUGAAAGCUGCUGAGAUUGUUAACAAAUGCAAACUCUCUCUGCUACAAAGUUUUUGUUGUUGCAUCUUUGCCUCAGUGGAUCUGUUGAGUUAAUUCUCCACCACUAAUCUCUACCAUUGGCAUGGCUGCAGUUGUCAUUUGAUGUGGAUGUCAAGCAAGUUGAUAUUUCUAACCCCAGUUCUCAUCCAGCACAUUAUUGUUUGAUUGUUAUUGUAGCGGGUUGAGUUUUCUAUGAUUUGAUUUGAUUUGAAGUCAUUUUGCAGUGUUUUGGUUCAGAGGCAAAAUUACACAGGAAGACCUUCUUAAAGUAAAAUCACUUCACACUCAGAGGUGUUUUAAGAGUUUUUUUUUCUUUCCAGACUUUUUGGCGUACCGAUGAAUUAAUUGGUGCUUGAAUACUUAAUCACAAUGUAAUAAUCCUCUAUUGUAGGAAUAAUUAUUUUUGUUUUUUUAUGUUAAGUAGUCUCUCUUUUAUAGGGGUUAGUUACUUCAGAGUUUAUGGGUUUUCUAUUCAAAUACUGUUCACUUUGUACCCAUUAUCCGGGGCUUGGUUUUAUGACCUUAAUUUCUAGUAAUACAAGUGCUCCUGUGAAAUGCCUGUUCACAUCUUUUCAGUUUCUGCCUGCAUGACUGGAUGCAAUGUUUUCAAGUGGCUUGGAAAAGACACCUUCUCUUCUCUGAUACUAAAUGUCCCACUCCCUCUCCCAACUCCCCUCCCCUGUACUCACCCACAUGACAGUGCUUUUGGGCUUCCUCCACAGCCACCACCUAUCCCAAUCUACAACUCCCUGGCACCCAAAACCUGUGGCUGAUUUUUUUUUUUUUUUUUUUUUUUUUACUUUGCGUGAAUUUAUGGUUUUGUUGUUAACAUAUUUUCUAAAUUUAGUGAUGGGAUUUCACACCUGCGGUCUGUCAUUCAGAGCAAAACUCUCUUUUGGCUCUUGACAUGUUCAGGUGAGAUUUGCGGCUUCAGGAUCCACGGGCAGAAUGUCCCCUUUGAGGCAGUGGUCCUGGAUAAGUCCACUGGAGAGGGGGUCAUCCGGGCCAAGGACAAGCUGGACUGUGAGUUGCAGAAGGAGCACACCUUCACCAUCCAAGCCUAUGACUGUGGAGAGGGUCCUGAUGGAGCCAACAUGAAGAAAUCUCACAAGUGAGUUAAACUCUGACAGUUUGGAGGUGUUUCCUCGUCUUCUUGACUAGAUGCUCUUGAAACUUAGUGUUGUUCAAGCACUACAGUCCCUUCAUAAAAAUGUCUUUAAAUCAAAUUAAAAAAAGUUAUUUAUCAAAAAUAAAACCCCACUCUCUGGACUGUGAGAUAGUGAAUUAAAUAUUUCACCACCACUCAAAGGGUGUUCACAGGAGAAGUGUAUUGGACUGAAAACCACUUAAAACAGAAGUGUGAUAAAAUGCUGCUUCUCGUUUUGUAGUUAACAUUACCUACAAAAUUUAGCCUGUUGUAUGGCCUUCACUGUUUGCCACAUGGUAGAUGAUGAUUCUUUUUGUCUUGCUAAAACCUGUUUUCAAACUGCAACAUAAACAGGCUGUAACGAUUAGUUUAUUCUCCAAAAACUUUCCUCUUACAUUCUGAUGGUGUAGAAUGUCAUUAAGUAAGAAUUUCAGAUAUUCACAAUUUAUUUGUCAGGCAUUAGUGGAAAGUAAAUGUCAUAGGUAGAAAUGUUUGAUUUUUCUUUUGUUGUGGACCAGGUGACCCAAACUACAGAUAGGAAAGUGACGAUGAUUUUGUGUCAAAGUAAUUAUAAAAUGAAAUAUGACCAGACAGAUUUUUGGUAGACUGAAAUUUUCAUUAGCAAGCAGUGUCCUAACAGUAGCCUCUUUCUAUCAGGGCCACUGUCCAUAUCCAGGUGAACGACAUCAACGAAUAUUCACCCGUGUUCAAGGAGAAGUCUUACAAAGCCACCGUUAUUGAGGGAAAGAAGUAUGACAGCAUCUUGAAGGUCGAAGCUGUGGAUGCCGACUGCUCAUUCCAGUUUAGUCAGAUCUGCAACUAUGAGAUCGUCACCCCUGAUGUGCCCUUCACCAUCGACAAAGACGGUAAGGACAUGUGCCCUGCAGCCUUUUGUUUUUGCCAGUUGGGAUAAAGCUGCAGUCCGUGCCUUAGAGCCACAGUUUUAUUGACUAUGCAUCUCGCAGUCUAUUGAUCUGUGUAAACAAUGGGGCUGCAAGGCUGUCAUUUAGGAUUCACCGCAGCUUGUCACCUCAUGAGGAGAUGAGUCCCCUUGAAAUGUCAUCCCAACAGUUUGUUAGUCAUUCUUGUCUUGCUGUAAGAGGAUUAUUUUUGUCUUGUUGAACAAAAUUAAAGACAUCAGAUAUUCAGGCUCAUCUGAUAUGCAGUGAUGCUUUGAUAAAAAAAAAAAAAGUAAAUAUGGGCACAGAAUUAUGUGAGGAGAACAAUAAGUCUGAGGAUACAUAGUGUUGGUGAAGCUGCUCAUCUCUGACAGCUAAUUAGUAUUUUAGGAGGAAGAAAUAGUCAGUAUGUUUUCAUUCACCCAAACAUCAUCAGUUUCUAUUAAUAAUUUGUAUGCCAGUUUUAUCUAUGUGCACUUAAAUUCGUAAGAAACCCUCAGUACAGCCUCUUAAGAAAAUGACAUAAGUCACAAUAUUGCAUUGUGGCUGUAAAGACGUCAACCACUGUGUUACGCUUUCAGUUCAGUGUGACAGUUAAUCCUUUCUGGCCUUUUGGCUAAAGACUUGUGUUUGGCAGCUCUUUUUGAUAUUUAAGAAAACUUUGCUUUGCUGUUGGCAGCUCAAAUGGUUUUUUUUGUGAGUAUCCUAGCACAGCUGCAGCUCUUGACAUUAAACAAAGAAUGAUCCUGCUAUCUUUUUUUUCCCAUUUCCAAGGCUUUAUCAAGAACACUGAGAAACUAAGCUACGGCAAAGAGCGCAUGUACAAGCUGACUGUUACUGCCUACGACUGUGGAAAGAACCGUGCCUCCGAGGACGUUCUGGUCAAAAUCAGCGUCAAGCCCACCUGCAAACCCAGCUGGCAAGGUAUGUUAGCUCUUACCUACUCACUGCAGCUUGCCAACCAUCACUGCUUAGGUGUGUCUCUGUGUUCGACAAACGUAUCCUCCAUUGUCAAGGAGCUUUUAAGUUUUUUAAAGCAGUAGGACCUUUAAUCAUGUUUGAAAAACCUGAAAUACUUCUUACUAAGAAACAGCUCCUGUAUGUUAUCAGUGCUGUCCUGAAGGACCUCUUUUCAUUCUCUUCCCCCCCACUCACUUCCUUUUUCAGGCUUCAAUAAGAGGAUUGAAUAUGAACCUGGCACAGGUAGCCUCGCCCUUUUCCCCAGCAUGCACUUGGAGACAUGUGAUGAGCCAAUCACAUCCAUCCGAGCCAAUAUUGAACUGGAAACCAGCCACAUUGGGAAGGGCUGCGACCGUGAUACCUACUCUGAGAAGUCUCUGCACAAGCUCUGUGGUAACUGCUAAGCUGAAAAUGCUUGUUUUAGUGCUGCACACCAAACAGAUACUUUUUGGAUGAGAGUGCCCAAAAAGAUGACUUUUUGGUCUUUGGUUAUUUUUAGGGGCCAGCACUGGCACCGUGGAGCUCCUGCCUGCACCCAGCAGCUCCUCUAACUGGACAGUAGGAUUGCCAACUGAUAAUGGUCAUGACAGCGACCAGGUGUUUGAAUUUAAUGGCACCCAGGCCAUUAAGGUUCCUGAUGGCAUGGUGACCACCAGCCUAAAAGCUCCCUUCACUAUCUCUGUGUGGAUGAGACAUGGCCCUGGUGCCCAUGAGAAAGAGACCAUUCUCUGCAACUCUGAUAAGACAGGUGAGAAACCCAUGCAACAAAGAAGUAGUUUAUUUUUCUCAGCAUUUACAAUUUCUCACCACCUCACACAUGUAGAACGAAUACACAUAAUUACAGACACAAUUAUACCCAAACAUAAAUGUAUUAAUCCCUAGAAAACUUUUAGUAGCAAAAGUUUGUGAUGCAUAAUAUUUAACUUGAACUUCUGUUGUCAUGUAUUUGAAAACUUGAUCACCCUUUAUUAAAUUCAAAAAUCAUGUGCCCUGUCAGUAUUUGUGUUUAGUUGACUUGCUUAAAAAGGGGCGCAGACUUUGUUUUUUUCCUCACCUCUGUCCUACACCCUCUGACCUUUCCUUUUUUGUCACUGCUUGAAUAUUUUUGCAUCUGGUCACGUGCUCCUUGAUCUUAUUGACUGUAAAGUCUCUGCCGUGGCCAGCGUGAUGCAGCUCAUCAGCUUCUGUGCAACUGCUUAUAUAAGGAUUACAUCAGAGCGACAGUUCACUGGACAGGGUGCUCCCAUGCUCAUGACCCCAGCACCAUUCAGUGUCUAUUUUCAGGCAUAAAAAUAUACCACCAUAAUCACAAUUCAAAUUUAAAAUAAGUAGAUAAAUAUUACUAUAUGUGAUAUAAAGUCAUCCAUAAGGUAGCUUUUUGGUCACCAGUACUGAUUCAGCUCAAAAUCUCUCACUGUUAGUGGUUAAAUUCCUCAUUUAACUCCUUUUAUUUUUCCUUAAGGCUUGGCUGCUGUCAGUCAUUAUAGUCUGUUAGCACAGAUUAAUAAUACAUGUAAUUUUUUUGGCAAUUAAUAACUGUCAAAAUUCAAGAAUCAUAUUCCUGAAACAUGACAUAAUACUUUGUUCCUCAGAGGGUGGCCUACUGAUGACUUACAUAAACAAAAGAGCAGAUGGUUUAGCUUUUGAGAUUUGACAGUGGAUAAUAUCUUCACAGUCCAUUUAUAUUGUCUGACCUUUAACCUUGUGCUCUGAAAGUACAGCGCAUGACACCAUAUGGCAGAUUUCUAUUAGUUAACCGUCUAAGCCUCCAGAUACAUACCCGAGAACGCACUGUAAAUCUUCCAGCCUGUUCAAGGAUUAACAGCCAGUUGGAUUUUAAUACGACCAGUACACGUGCUGAUGCAUCCUGACUUCUGUGUCUUCUUUAUAGGAAUAAUUUAUUUGACUAAAUGCAUAGUCUAACUAUGGGUCAAUUACAUGACAUGACACAAGAUUUUCCCCAAUUGUGUUAUUUUGUUGUGGAUGCUUUAUGCUUGGAUAGAAGAUUCAACAGCUGAAGUUGAAUUUCAGUUACACAUCCAUAUUUUAAAGUAGUAUUUACUGCUGUGUUUGUUGACCACCUCUCUGAUGUUCUCCUCCGCAGAAAUGAACAGACACCACUACUCGCUCUAUGUCCACAACUGCAGACUGAUCCUCCUCCUCCGCCAGGACCCAUCUGAGGCCGAGAACUACAAACCUGCUGAGUUUCACUGGAAACUUGACCAGGUCAGCUCAUUCAGCUCAUUCAUUCAUAAACCUGUGGCUGAUUUAGGGAAUAACCUGUGAUGCUCAAUGUUUAACAGCAAACCUAGAGUUAUAGCAAAACACAGUCCCGUAUCCAGCUUUUCAUUUUCCUCUGAUGGGAUCUUCGCAGGUGUGCGACAAAGAGUGGCAUCACUAUGUGUUGAAUGUUGAGUUCCCUACUGUGUCUCUCUUUGUGGAUGGAACGACAUUUGAGCCAUUCCUAGUGACAGAGGACUACCCACUGCAUGCCUCCAAGAUUGAAACUCAGCUCACCAUUGGGGCCUGCUGGCAAGGUAAACUCUACAGGGACUUUAAAGGAAUUUUAAAAUUACAUGGGCUGUAUAUUUUCUGUGUUUAUUCAUGAUAUGUUUUUGAAGUACAGAUAAAUAACAAUGACCUGAAGUGUUUCUAAACUAUUCAAGAAACAGAUACUCCUAUAAUGCUUGUUAGGUGGAUAUUUCAGUGUUUGUUAUUCAGACCUAUGUAGUGUGCAUGUUAUUUUAUUAACUCUUUUCAUAGAUUCUGAAUUGAUGCACCGUGAUGUAGUCUUAAAGCAUCUGAAUCUCUACUGCAGACCCUCAACCUUCCUCCCUGUCUCUCCCUGCUCUCUUGUUUCUGUCCUUCACAGACAACUCAGGACAUGACAAUGACACUGAGUCAGUCUCUGAGCCCACCUCAGGUUGCUCAAAUCUUUCCCUUUCUCCUCAGAUAUGUCCAUAUGUCCACAAGUGUCCUACCACUCUAACUGCAUCCUCAUCUCAUUACGACUCAAAUGAUUUUUACAUGUUUUUUUAGGCAGAAUGAUUUUUUAAAUCAUUGUUUGGAGCAUGUUGCAUUAUGUAUGAGUCGGGUUUGAUUUAAAUUCAGCUCACAGAAUUAUGAUCAUUUUGCAUUUUCUUCAUUUUCUAUGCAUAUGCUGUUCCUGUUGCAGCAGCAGCAGUUUUUUCUUUUUUUGCAACCCGGUUCACACGCAGAACAAAAAUAGUCAUUUAAUGAGUACAAAACGGUGACCUGGCUGCAGGAUUUUGGUGGCAGUUUUGGCUCCUCUUUCAGAGCAUGACCUUGAGGUCAGAAUCAGUAGCUACUCGGUAUCAGAUAACACUGCAGCCGCAAACAGACACACACAUACUCACAAACACACAUAAUGAAUCUGGGAAUGAAGGACUCUGAGAUGUGAAAGUCUAGGUUUGUCUGCGCCUGCAGAUGCACCGUCUUCUGCAUAUUUUGGUUUCACAGCAGUAUUUCUCAUCUCAGUGGCAGGAACACUGAAUUAUUCAGUUAUUUUCACAUCUAAGAUAGCUUUAAUAUUUGGAGCAUUUUGACAUAAUUGAGACGGUGCCAAUAUUUUGUGAAGUUUACACAACCUAAGUAGAUGAAUAUCACUGUAAUACUUUGCCUUUUUUUCCUUUUGAUUCCCUUCAUUUUACCUAAAGUGGCUGCUCCCUCCCUUGAUGCAGAUGUUGCAUGUAUCUUAGGCAUGUACACGCUAAUCCAUCAUUCUCCUGUCCUCCUAAGUUGGCCUCAGGGUUCACAGAUACACACAUACUAACUUGCAUGAACUUCAUUCACAUCAGCUUUACACAUUUUGACGGCAUGUUUGCAGAAAAGUUGGAGUCCGUGGAAAUUAUACUUGAAUAGCCACUUUUUAUGUGUUUGUUUCUGCUUCACCCCCUUCUUCUCUGCCUUGACUCUUCCAGGUGCUAAUGCCCGAAUGGCUCAGUUUUUCCGGGGCAACUUGGCUGGGCUGAUGAUCCGCUCAGGCAAGCUGGAGAACAAGAAGGUGAUCGACUGCUUGUACACCUGCAAGGAAGGACUCGAUGUGCAGCUGCCAGAGGAGGUCGCCUCAGCUGUCAAGGUGAGGAGGGCAGAAUGUUACAAAGACGCCAAACACGCUUCACCUCAACCAGGUUGGAUCUGUACAGACUUGUACUAAUUUAAUUCACUGGAUCCAACACUUUCAAGCUUGUGAUCCUGUAAGAAGAGGUUAAAGUGCUCUGUACUCCUCUUAACGAUAGUUGACUUCAUUAAGAAUAUUUCGAACCAUUUUACAGAAUUCAGAAGAGCUGAGAAUUAUUCAAUAUUAAGAAUCCAGAUUAUGAUCUUCAGCUUUUAAUGAUUUGUUUGUAUUAAUGUAUGUCCUGUCAGUUGUUUUGCAACUCCUUAUAUAAAUCUUACAGCUUCUCUUAGGGUUGUAGCCCAAGGGUGUUGAAGAAAAAUUUAUUCUUAAAUGAUUAAUAUCAACAAAACUAUUGAAAUUAAAAAAGAAAAAAAAUCAAAAAGUAUGAGUAGAUAUCAGCUAAAAAUGGCCCUUUUACAGUAUUCCUGUUAUCAUGGGUGCAUGUGACUUGUUUGUGACUGUUGAAAGGCUGAAAAUGUUUUACCACAUGAUUUACUAAUAACUCAUUUUGUGCUUUUAAAUGCAAGCACAGAAUCAGAUAACAACUUUGCCUUAAAUGGUGUAUUGUAUCAUCUCGAUGUUUUCUCUCAGGUGGAGUUUAAUCCCAGCCAGUCCUCUUUGACCGUGGAGGGUGAUGACAUUGAUGCCUUUGACAAGGUGAUGCAGCACAUCUCCUACUUGAACUCCCGCCAGUUCCCCACCCCGGGAAUCAGGCACCUUCGCAUCUCCACCACUGUCAAGUGAGUAAUAGGAGGCAAAAAUACUUCUUCAGUUGUUUUUAAUCUUCCCUGCUUGGUUUCAGACGUGUCACCUCAUCCGUCUGUCAGUAGCAGCAAAGUGACUGUAAAACAGGUUCUUUAUGGCCUGUUAAACAUUCAGAGGGGGUUUGUUUAUUGUCUCUGCUGCUUUAUAUGUAAGGAGAGUUUGUUGAGGUAAAAUAAAGGUCAGGAGUUUUUAUCUGAUUUACAUUACAAAGCGAGUCAAUUCUAAACGGAGUGCAGUUGGUGAAUGAUAGACAGAAGACUUUUUAUUUUGUUUGUCAGCUCUCUUUGAUCUAGAUUCUCUUCCCAUGAUGAUUUAUUCAAAGACCAAAAUGUGAAUAACAAAAUAGCACUACAUUAGCAGAGGACAUAUAAAAGGAAAAUAUUCUGACUUGUUUUUUCCCUAGUCUGUUUUGCAGUAUCAGUUUAACACUAAAUCUCAUUCUUAUGUACACAUAUUUUGAUUAAAGGCUAUUUUUGGUGUGCAAUUUACACCUGCUUAGGUCAAAUUAGAUCCUUAUGCCUUAACUUUCUUUCUGUGCUGUUACAUCUCAAUAAAUUUUGGAAAAGAAUUAAAAUGUAUUUACAAACUGAAAAAAGUAAUGUAAAGAAAUCCAUAUCAUCAAUGUCUAUCCGUCUUUAAACCUUGUCCAAAAAGAGAUUUCUAUGACAUGAUGGAAACAGGUCUCAGUUGAAUUACUAAACAGGAAUAUUUCCCCAGAUGCUUCAACGAGGAGGCCUGCGUCACUGUGCCAGACGCUGAGGGUUAUGUGAUGGUGCUGCAGCCUGAAGAGCCUAAGAUCAGCCUGAGCGGCAUUGAUCACUUUGCCCGCAGUGCUGUUGAAUUUGAGAGUCAGGAAGGUGUGACGCUGUUCCCUGAGCUCCGCAUUGUGAGCACUAUCACCCGUGAAGUGGAGGCUGACACAGAGUCUGAAGCAGCCGAGGGAGCCGAUGAUGACCCUACAGGUAAGAGAAAAACCUUUAUAUAAUAUUACAGGUAAUUUGAAGAUGCUGUAUAGUGAACCCAUUCUCCAGUGGCUUGUUAGUGUGCAUGUACAGUUGAUAGCUAGACAUACAGUAGGUGGUAAUGGCUCGGAUUACGCCCACAGGCUAAAUACAAGGUCGAGUUUUACAGGCAGGGGCAAAGAGAAGAGAUUAGUUGUUUACUACUUAAGGGUGGGAUCAGUGGCCCGUCGUGCCAUCUGUUGUGCUUGUAUACCCACUAAGACAAGAGGACACAAUAGAUGUGCAUGGAGGUUGACACAGAUACAGGGCGAUACCAAGUCCCGUGGAGAACAGAAUGCCAUAUGGGACAAAAGGGCUUACAGAGAUCUGGUGCUAUUACCUGCAUUAACCUGACCUGCCUUCAGCUAUUAACAAAUGUGAGAUGUCAUGGCAGAUGACUAAGAAUAUCUUGGUAAGAGCUAAAAUGGAGUCAGACGGUGUAGACUGUCUGUGCGGGAACUCCAAAUUACUGUCGUAAGCAAAAUAAGGACGACAGGCGGCCUCAGCUGCACUACAGUCAGGAUCAAGUUCAAUAUGAACUCAAAUACAGUUCAAUCAAGUUUAACCUUAAUGAAAAGCCUGUUCUCAGAACAAAUUAGAAAAUGUCUGAUAAAACAAAUCAUAGCACUGACAUGUUUGCUGUGAGCAACACAACACAGCUGUUAAUUUUUAAUAAUAAUAAUAAUAAUAAUAAUAAUAAUAAUAAUAAUAACAAUAAUACUAAAAAUAAUAACAAUAAUUUGUAUUUAUAAAGCAUGCUUCAAGAUACUGAAGUACAGUUAUCACUAAGGCAUGUAUGUAACUCUCGUUAGUGUAAACCUCAGACAUCCUAUGGAGCUGCUCACCUCGGGCUCUAAAGCAUUACUGAUGAUCAGAAUGUGGUGUCCCACUCAUCGUAAUCCAGGACUCUCAUUCAUGUUGUCUUUUAUUGCUCUCCUCUGACUGCUCACCCAUUUACUAUGAAUGUCUUUCCAAAUAAGAUGUUUUAACAGCCCAUUAACUAAACUGGACUACGACUGUGGAGUUAGAAGACUUAAACCUAACCGACCUCCACAGCUGUCUCCUCAGCUCUAUGUGUGGCCAGUAGCUUGAGGCUACAGUAUCUGCUACUAGCACAGCAUACAUAAACAAUGUUCUAACUGUAAGCUUCGAACUGCACUGUACAUGAAAAAAAAGCCAGGGUUAUUGUGAAGGUGGAAAAAUGCACCCUUUUCCUUUUUAGUUGGAUGUCUUGUUAACUGUUCUUUGUGAGACUUAGACUAUUAUCAAGGUGCAGUGCAAAUCAACAGUCCUGAAAAAUCAUUAACAAAGAAAUUAUAUUUCUGUUGUUAUGAUCAAUUCUUACCUUUUUGAAAAGCUUGACAGCUCUGAUUCUGAAUAUGUUUUUUUCUCCUCUCUUAGUUCAAGAGACGGUGGUGUCAGAGGAGAUCAUGCACAACCUGGACACAUGUGAAGUGACUGUGGUGGGAGAUGAGCUGGACGGGGAGCAUGAAAGCCUGGAGGUGGACAUGUCCCAGCUGCAGCAGCAUGGUCUGGAAAUGAGUUCCUCUAACCUCGGCCUGGUCGUCACAGGUAGAGUCGUCACAGCUGUUUGAACCAGAACAUGGCAGUAUUUUUCCAUUUAGAAUUGGAUUUUGUGCUGAUAGCAGACAGUUAUUAACUUCUUCACACAAAAAUUUAGCUGUUUAAUUCAGUUAUUUAAGGAAGCUAGUUUAGUUCUCUCCUGACAUCUCUGCUGACUGAAGCUCUCUUUUGUGUGAUUUAGGUGUGAACACCAUGUCCAACUAUGAGCAGGUGCUUCAUCUUAUUCGGUACAAGAACUGGCACACAGAGGCUCUCUUCGACAGGAAAUUUAAGCUGGUCUGUUCUGAACUGAACGGUCGCUACAUCAGCAAUGACUUCAAAGUUGAGGUACGACUGAGCACUUAUCACAUAUCAGGGCGCAAUGAGACGAUGAUCCCUUACAAUACCUGACCUACAUCAGGAGAUUUGUUCACAGUGUUUUUUUGUGUGUGUGUGGUUAUUCUUGCUUCAGGUGAAUGUAAUCCACACAGCCAAUCCCGUGGAGCAUGCCAACAACGCCAUGGUUCAGCCAAAUUUCAUCAACCCUGUGCAUCACGCCUCUGUGGACCUGUCCGGUCACAACCUGGUUAAUGCUCACCAGGCCUCAGGUACUACAGCAUCAUGGGAGUCAGACAUGUGAAACAUUUAAGUUUAAAAAACAGUGAGAUAAUUUUAAUGUGCUUUGUAUCAUACAAAACAAUCAUUUAUCCAAUACACCCAUAAAAACACCUCUUUAAAGUAAUCCCUGAUACAGCCACUUCACUAAAGUCAACUAGCAACAGUUUGGCCAAACUAAGGAUGAGUUUCACUUCUACCUCACAAAUUAUGGUUCAAAAUUGCCUUUAGUAAAAAGUUUCCAAGUCUGGAUCUACCUUUAAGAGUCACUUUUAACUGGCAGGUGGCUAUUGAAAAGUCCUCCAUUUGAAUCAUUUGAUCUUAACUUUUAAAUCUGUACCAAAACUCGUGAUCAAAUCAGUAAUCUUCUUAAUUGUUGCUGUAGGCCUCAUAUAUGGCAGGUAUCACCAGGGAUGGAUUAUAAUUCAUUCAUCAGAAGUAGGGCAUGUAUCAAACACUGGUUGUUUGCCCAUUUUUUUUAAUGGCACAAGUAUAGGGAUUACACUUGAGUGCUGUCUGUGACAUCUGUACAGCCUGUGGUCAGAGCGCAACCUUUUAUUUCCCAGCUUCAGUAAUCCUGCAGGCUGUCCGACUCACUAAGCCUGUCACCACAUAAGAGGGGUUCUCUCUGGCUAAUAUGGGACAGAGUAAAGCAGGUUUGAAGUGGAAAGGCAAAUUUAUUUAAAGAUGGAAGCGCACCCAGAGCUGCCCUCAUUGUCUAUCUAGAGUUCACUAAGAAGCUUUUAAAGUCAGCUCAAGAAAUUCAUGCAGUGAAGUGGAAGAAAAGGCCUCACAUAAUGUGGGAGCAGUGUUUCUGUACACAAAGCUUCAACAUGUUCUGUUGUCUGAACCCUGCAAACUGAAUGUAGUUUAUAUCUAACCUGUCGUUUUGUGCCGUGUGUUCCCUGCAGUGGUUCCCAGCGCUGCCACCAUUGUCAUUGUGGUUUGUGUCAGCUUCCUGGUGUUUAUGAUCAUCCUGGGCGUGUUCCGCAUCCGCGCCGCACACCAGCGCACCAUGAGAGACCAGGAAAAUGGCAAGGAGAACGAGAUGGACUGGGAUGACUCAGCACUCACCAUUACAGUCAACCCUAUGGAGGUAAAAGCAAACACUCAGGGAGUUUGCAGGGAGGCAAGAUUAGUGAACAUUUUCUGGUGAUUAGCCAGUGAAUAGAUGUCUAUUCAGACAGAAUUUCACUCCCCAACAAAGCCAGUCUGUGUAGCAGGCCAGACAGCUUAGCACGUGCUAAUGCUCUCUUGGUGAUGUUGCAACUGUGGCCUAGUUUGAAAGCUCUGCGGGGAUGAGUGACAUACUCCACAGAUAUUCGUUGUGUGUAACCCUGCCAAGUAGAAAAAAAGGGAUGUACAUCAAUGUCUUCAAUCAAUGUGAAGAUCUCUUUGGAGGCAGUGUGUCUCAGAGACAUUUUGUACAGUUUCUGGUACCUUAGUGGUGAAAGCAGCACCUCUUCAAAUCGACAUUUUCUAAUGAAUGAGUCAGCUUGUUUGCAGGAUAGAAAUACAUCCAACGUAGAUUCAUGCCUGUUUGAUUAAAUGUGUAGUAACUCAAAUUGAACACUUAAAAAUACAUCUAACUUUGUCGGCGAGGAGAUUAAUUGCCUUUUGAGAUCAAUCCCGGUAGUCUUUGGUGUAUCUAGAGAAAUCUUUGUUCCUUCAGCAGCCAAAAACUUGAAAUUGAAAAAUGCAUCACAGGACUUACAAAGCGCUUUCUACACCAUCAGAUAUAAACGCAGGUGUAUAUCUGUUGAUCUAAUGCAUGUUAAAAGUUACUCCGUGUUUUUAAAACUGAAAUAGUCUCUAUAUGUGUUGACUAUUUUUUCAACAAACGACGACUCAAAAUUCUCUCUUCCUUGCCUGCUAUACAGACAUACGAGGACCAGCACAGCAGCGAGGAGGAGGAAGAAGAGGAGGAGGAGAGCGAGGAUGGAGAGGAGGAAGAUGACAUCACGAGCGCUGAGUCAGAGAGCAGCGAAGAUGAGGAGGGCGGAGAGCCAGAGGACCAGCAGGGGGCCAGCAGACAGCAGCAGCUGGAGUGGGACGACUCCACCCUCACCUACUAGAGCAACACACGCAUACACACUUAACAGUUAACACAAGCACACAGACACAUACCACGAAUCACACUCAGUGCUCCACACACACGCACACAUACACACUCUCCCACCCUCUACAGCUACAUGUCCAAGGAGCCAUGAAAAAAAAAAAAAAAGAAAAAGAAAACUUCCCUUCAGCGUAUAUAUGGUCAAGGUUUUCCUGUCGUUAUCUUAGUGGUGGUACUCAGUGUAGUGUAGUCAUCACCGGAUUGCUGAUUUUUACUGUUUAUUUUUUUAUUUAUUAUAUUUUAAUUCCCGGGAAAACUUGGCCUACAUUUGUUUUGAACUGUGUGAGGAAGCCAACCCUGCACUUUUUAUUUUUUCUCUCAGACAUGUGGCGUUCAAAUGGAGAAUUUCUUUUCCUUAUGUAUAUUCUUUGCUUAAUGCGUUUUAGAAUUGUUUGCCGCUAAACUCACAUAGAGCUUCGACUUGAGUUCUUUUGACUUGUAGUCCUCAGUAAACAAUGCUUCUAACAGGUAGACUGCAUUUUUUUUUUCAUUUCUUUGUCUUCUUUUAGUGCAUGAGGAUAUUUGAGAAGUCAUAUGUGUAGAGGAAUAAAUUGCUUUUUAAAGAUUUUGUAAAUAUAAAGAAACCAUGUAAUUAGUCAAUGUGUUAGUGGAGGCCUACUCAAACGGGGUCCAAUAUCUAAAAUGACGCAGUACGUAAUGUAGAAUAUUUGUGUCACAAAGGCUGUAGCAUGUCGCUCAAUUUCUGCAAAAGCUGCACCAUCAUGCUUGUACAAAAAGAAAUGUCUGCCUCAUGACGAGAAAUCCAGGACUUUCAACAGAGGUUUUCAUGACAAAGUGGUGUCCAUUUUGUCUUUUUCAUUUUUGCAAAGAAGGAAAAUCAUUUCUUUUGCUUUCUCACAGGCAGGACUGGUUGAUGGUUUCAGCUUCAUACAUUGCUUUGCUUUGCUUGCACAGGCAUCAGUGUAUUUCAUUCCCAGUAGAUCUCACUGUUGUACAGAAGGGAUUGUCUUUGUUGUUCAGGGUACUCAUACAUGAUAAUGUACAAAUUGACAUUUUGAGUGGAAGGAUACAAACCCCAGGCCAGCAGGUUCUGCAGUGCUGUUGAUCUGGAAGUAUAAGUACUAACAUUUCUGCAAGUGUAGUAACAAGUAGAGCGGCUUCCUCUGCAGCUUUAAGAGUCUUUCAUCCGUGUCCUUGUUCUGCUGUGCUGACGGAGGUAAGAGGAGAAAAAACACCCUCUGAACUACUGAAAGAGCAGAUUCAUGACAGACAGCUUUAGUGGAUCUUGGUGGAAUAGUGCAGCCGCUGGCAUUGUUUAUCAGGGGAGAGAAGAGAAACGGAAGUACUUUUGAGGAUUGCUUAUUGCAAGUUUAUUCAUGUGGCACAGCUAUUUAACCUGAAACAACAAACCCUAUAUAAGAUACAUUUUUAAACUGAUUUCCUAUUGCAAAAUAAGCACAGUCUUUAUUGUAAUUUAAGUCAUUACAUUUAAAGUUGUCACUGCUUAGUUUACAAAAGGAAAACACAAAAAAUGAAUCUUGUUUGAAUCUUAAAUGAACUAUUUUUUGCAGUAGACCACUAGAUUUUAUUGUACAUGGGACUGUACUGUAGAGUUGUUCUAAAGAUAUUUGUUUACAUUUGGUAAACUUAUUUUCCUUCUGGUAAUAGUAUAAAGCUUAUACAUUUGAUUGGGAAAUUGUGUCCGACCUCUCAGACUCUGUUGUCCAUCACUGUUGUAUAUAUCUUUCACAAAACCAGAUACAAAUGUACCUUCACACUUAAGUGUUUGUGUCUUGUUUUCAGGGUUACUAAGUAAAUGUAAACAUUUCCCAAACCUGCUUAAUGAAAGCCGAUCAGAUUUGGGGCAUUGAAGUGAGCAGAAUGUGGCAUUAUCAGGAGCUGAGACGCUGAUGUUACGAGUCUCCAUUUUGCAUGCAAAUUUCUUUUCAGAGGCCAAAUGGGUUUGAAAAAUACGCCAACAAAGACAGGUACUUUUGUGGGCUUGAGCCCCACGGUUGGAUGCAUUAGCUUCAAUUAAUUUAUGAUUUGUAGAAGUCUGGGGUGCAAAGUGAGUAAACAUUCUCCCCUCCAUGAUGACUUGGUCUUGUUAAAAGAGGGCCAGGUGUGAACCGGCUGAGAUGGGAGUGCCUUUUUCCGAUCGUAGCGCAAAUUAGCGGGUCUAAAAAAAAAACUCAUUUGUGCGCUUUUAUUUGUUGAACAUUUUUUGUUGUUUUUUUUAUUUGUAUUUGUUUAAAGCUAGAUUUCUAAGAGAGCUGGGGAUUUACAUUUUCUUUCAGUUUGUCGUAACAAUAGUUCACCACUAGUUUGAUUAAAAGUGAAAAAAAGUUUUACAUAGAUGUCAUGUGUCCAUGUUGAUGUUUAGAGGAACUAGAUCCAUGUUGUAUCUUCUAUAGAUAUUGUACUAAAUCAUUGACAGAAUACACCUUUAAAGAGAUGUACAGUACAUUAUGAAAUUGCUUUGGCAGCAUACAUGGGUAUACUGUUAAUUCACCUAUUUGUGUAUAGUGGAAGGUCAUUUUGAACAGUGUCCUAUUGCCUGAGUUGUUGGAAAAUGAUUUUGAGGGCAGCAUGAAAUUCACAUGAACCAGAGAAUAAUAAGCCUGUCAACAUGGAAAACUUCAUUUUGUCAAACACGUGAUGUCCACAUUUCCUCUACAACUUAAAAAUACAAAGCUACAGGUCACUGGUAUAUGCAGUGGCUCCACCAUUUCCAUUUUUCUGAGUGUAAUGCUUUCUGAUCAGACCCCAGUCUAAGUGUGAGUUGGUUGAACUGAAUGUCACUGCCUAACAAAAUGAAAUGCAGCCAUACUGUAAUAACACUUAAGAUGUAAGGGGGACUCUGCAUGAACCACAACUUUGUGUUACGUUCCAUGUGGGCUUGUGAGACUAGAGUGAGAAAGGAGAUGUCAUACACUACUGAUUCUCUGAUUGUCUAUUUCACAUGUCCCGAUACUUUUCUUUCCCCGUUUGUUUUCUUUCAAAUAUUUUGCUCAAAAUGGAAGGUAACAAAGUUUUCAGAAUGAACGAAGGCUUCCUUUCUGCUUGUUGGAGCUGCUCUCACUUUUCUACCAAUUUAAAGGCAAAUUGUAGUGAAGUUGAUGCUUGCUCAGAAACAAAAUAAAGGAUGAUGAGAUGGGGUAUAA